UAGAAAGUAAAUCGUAAAUAAAGUGCGAAAUUUUUAAUUAAAUUAAUAAACAAUUUUCUACGUGGCUACAAAAAACAUACAUUAUAAUUAUUAAUGUCAUAUUGCGUGCGAACAAAGUUCGGUAAAUUUACUCAAAUGAACCACAGCUGAUGAAGUUUUAGUUUCGAAUAGUCCAACACUAUUCUCAAGUUUUUUUUUUGCGCCAAACAAGAGCGUUUUUAUACAUUGUACUUAAGAACAAAUUUAAUAACAUUAUUUGCAAAUUGUUUGUGUUACAAUGAGCGAAACAAACAGCACAUCAACAAACGCUGCUGACGUGGACGAAUCGAAUCCAUUAGAGCAGUCGACCAUUACAAUGCUCGAUGUCCUCGAAGAGGAGAAAGAAUUAGAAGAGGAAUAUGCUGCAGUGCUUGGCGGCUCCGAUGAAAAGGAUUGUACCUAUGCCAAAGGGGCCAUACAACGCCAGGCACUUUACUCUUGCCUCACCUGCUGCCCAGAGGCACGCGAAAAUCCGAGAAAAAGCGCUGGCGUAUGCCUUGCCUGCUCCUAUAAAUGCCAUGAGAACCAUGAACUCAUCGAACUCUAUACCCGGCGUAAUUUCCGCUGUGAUUGUCCAACUCUAGAGAAACGCUGUGCUCUGAAUCCUCAGCUGGAGGCAGCGCAGCCGAAAAAUGCAAAUAAUUUGUACAAUCAGAAUUUUCAGGGCGUGUACUGCAAAUGCAAGCGACCCUAUCCCGACCCAGAGCGAACCACCGAGGAGACAAUGCUGCAAUGCGUCAUCUGCGAGGACUGGUUCCAUCUGCAGCACAUGAAGGCGCCAGCAGGAUCGGAGAAAUUGUCAAAUGCCUGCAGUGAAAUGAUUUGCGACUGCUGCAUGGAACGUCACGACUUUCUACGAGACUAUAUCGGACUGGCAUUGCAGCCAUCAACUGAGACCAAGGAAUCCGCAACGGAGGUCAACGUGGUGGACAGCAAGUUGAACAAGAACGAUGCACAGCCAGGCCAAUCGGAACAACCGCCCGAGAAACGCAACAAACUGAACGAGGACGAAUGCCAACGUCCGAAAUCGCUAAUGGGAAACAAAGGCGCCGCCUUCUGGGCCAACGACUGGCGUAAAGCUCUUUGCCGUUGCGGCAAGUGUUUGGAGCUGUACAAAAAUCAGUCUGUGGAGUUUCUCCUGGAUGCCGAGGAUUCCGUUGAGGAUUACGAGAAGCGCGGCAUGAAACGGAUUGAAGAGAACUCCAGCUAUGAGCAGGGCAUACGUGCCCUGGCCUCCAUUGAUCGCACAAAGCAAAUCGAUGUGAUCACCGAAUACAACCGCAUGGGCGAUAAACUAAAGGAGUUUCUGCAGUCCUUUGCCGCCAACAAAAAGGUCGUUACCGAGGAUGACAUAAAGCGCUUCUUUGCCGGCAUGCGCAGCGAAAAGAAUGCAAACAUCGGCCAGCCCUACUUCUGUCGUUAGACAACGACACAAUUA